UUUACAGGAACGGGUGCAGCUCAGCAAACCUCCUCGAAAUAGCACUCAACGUCCACACGCACACGCGCGCGCCCAAUCGCAGGAUCUACAGUUCAGCCGCUUUUCGGUGGCUUACAACUGAAGUUUAAUCAAACUUAUUAUUAAACUUCAAUUGUUUGCUGUGAUGGUCGUUAUCACACUCACACAGCUGAACAACAUGAAAUGAGAGCGAACAUGGUGCCCUUCCUGGUUUUGCUGUUUCUCUGUCAACGGAUUUCUGCCACCGAAGAUCUGAAAAUUAUCACAGCUGAGUCUGGACAAAAGAGCGUCACUCUGACAUGUCGAGCUCCAAACAACAGCAAGAACCUGAUAGGUGUGGAGUGGAAUAGAGCUGACCUGAAAGAAGAAUAUGUCCUCUUGUAUCGGGAUGAGCAGUUUGUCCCAGAUUACCAGCAUCCAUCUUUUAAGAACCGGGUGGAUCUGAAUGACACACAGAUGAAGGAUGGAGACGUGUCUCUGAUUCUGAAGGAUGUGAUUACUGCCGAUGAUGGGAUAUACGUGUGUCGUGUCCUCAUCCCAGGAACAAAGCGCAGAAAGAGAACUGCUGAACUGUCAGGAGCAUCAGACUGA